AUGGAAAAUCAAUUUAUAUUUGAUUUUAAAAAAUUUUUAAAUGCAAUUCAAGCAAAACCAAUUAGAAUCUUUAUUCAACUUGGUAUAAGUUUUUCAUUAAUUUUAUUUGGUGAAUAUGGAUUUUUUAAUAAUUUUAAUACAAUGCAAGUAGCUGGUUGUUCAAAACCAAAUAAUAUUAAUUCAGAAAUUAGUUUAGAUAAUUGCUUUAUUGAAAACUAUGAUGUUACAACAUGUAUAAACCAAAUUUAUGAUACUGGUUCAAAUUAUUCAUUAUCAUUUACAUUGGGUACAAUAGGAUUAAAGGAUGAUAGAUAUAGUUCAUUUUUAAUUGCAAUUUCAAUAAUUUUCUUUUUAUUAGUUCAAGGUUUCUUUCAAGUUGCUCAUUAUUUACAAUUUCAAAAAAGAAAAAGAAUUCAAGAUAUUUUAGCAGGGUCAUUAAUAUUUUUGGAUGGUAAGAAAACUCAUGAAAAAAGGUUAACUUUUUAUUUCCUAAUUGGUGGAAUUUGUUAUAUAAUUACAAAAAUCAAUUGGAUAAUUUAUAGAACUGAUCAUUAUAAUGAAAUCCAAUGUUCUGGUAGUAUGUAUAGAAUUCAAUUUCAAGGUACUCUAUCAGCUGAAGUUGGUACAUUGGCAAUGAGUUCUUUUCCAUACCUUAUAUUUCCAUUAAUUUAUGUUGGUGGUUGGAUCAAUUAUUUAUCAGAUUUAGAUCUUAAAAGAAUGACUGAUCAUCUCUCAAAUGAAAGUUUAAAAGAAAUUAAAAAUAUUACAGUUUUUGAUUUUAAAAAAUAUAAUAAACUUAUUGACUCUUCAAUUCGUAGAAAAUAUCCAAAUAAUUCAAAAUUAAAUAUAUUCUUUCGUACAAAUACAUUUAGUUUUUGGACAACUUCAACUAAAGAAAUCAUUGAAAUCUUAUUAGAUCAUAAACAAAUAUCUCCAAAUGAUUUUGAACCAAUAUUAAAAUUUAAUGAUUCAACAAAAUUAACUUUUAUUACUAGUAAUGAUGAUCAACAAAUUAAAGAAAAAUUAUUAGAAUAA